CUCUCUCACACACACACACACUCCUGCUGGAAUCGGACAAUUACUGGCAUUAAUUCUAGCAGCAAGAAAGAGGUGCAAGGGGAAACGGUGGGAACUAAACAGGGGCGGUAAAGUGGAAUGAGACAAGAGACAGAGUGACAGAGAAAGGAAGAGCGAGGGGAGGAGAGUAGAAUAGAGGGAGGGAGGGUUUAGUGUGUCUGAGCAUUGGAGCACAGCGUGAGCUUUGGAGCGCCUUCCUGACAUGUACACCUGUAAGCCCUACUGCUUCAUUCAGGGAUGCAGGAUUCAUGUAUGAAUGGCAGUGACGCCUUUGAUGGCAGCAAAUAGUCUAUCUUAAUGAGAUCAUUUAAGCUCAGAGGCAGAGGCAGCGGAGGAGAAGGCGGCAUGCAAAGAAGUGGAUGUGGAGCUGCUCCGGUCUACAAUUAAGGGGCUGGCACUGAGGACGCGACCCUGCCCGAGGAUUGGAUAGCACCCACGAGAUGCUGUGAACAAAAUCCGCUAGUUGUCACCCCAGCUCUGCUGCUCAUAUGUGCGCCAAGCACGCUCUCCUUACCCAGGAAGAGAACUUGAUGGAUCCCUCUAUUCAUCACAGCUGACACAUCAAGGCCGACAAUUAUCAGCACAUUCAUCAUUAACGCAGCCCAACAGGACUAGACUCUGUGACAAAAGUGGAUCACCACUCAUUUCUGGAUAGUCGAUUGAACUGAACCAUAAAUUCACACAGUCUGCUUUUCUCUAGGACUCUUUAUACAGAGCCUACAGAAUCAGUCCCUGAAAUGAUCGUGUUUGUUGGCUAUAAACAUAGGUAGUGACAUGACUCAGGCGUGACCCUGGAGAUGCCGAAGAGAAGAGACAUCGUCGCCAUUGUGUUGAUCGUGUUGCCUUGGACAUUGCUCAUCACUGUUUGGCACCAGAGCACAAUCACUCCUCUGCUUGCUAUUCAAAAGGAUGAUAGACGUGAUGGUCGCUCCAAUUCCAGGAAUACUUUUGCUUUCAAGGAGUCCUGCUCACUUCAGAACCGGGACAUCGUGGAGGUGGUGCGGACUGAGUAUGUCUACAGCCGUCCCCCGCCCUGGUCUGACAUCCUUCCCACCAUCCACGUCAUCACUCCCACCUACAGCCGGCCGGUGCAGAAGGCAGAGCUGACACGCCUGGCCAACACCUUGCUGCACGUGCCCAACCUGCACUGGAUCCUGGUGGAGGACUCCCAGAGGAGGACCACUCUGGUCAGCCAUCUGCUCCAGGAGUCAGGACUCAACUACACCCACCUGAACGUGGAGACGCCUAGGAAUUAUAAGGUACGCGGGGACACUAGGGACCCACGAAUACCUCGAGGUACCAUACAGAGGAACCUGGCCCUGCGGUGGCUCCGGGAGACAUCCAGCGUAAACAACAGCCAGCCUGGGAUUGUCUACUUUGCAGAUGAUGACAACACAUACAGUCUGGAGCUGUUUGAGGAGAUGCGUACCACCAAAAAAGUGUCCGUGUGGCCUGUGGCCUUUGUGGGUGGCCUACGGUAUGAGUCUCCUAAAGUAAACACCUUGGGCAAGGUGUAUGGCUGGAAGACUGUCUUCGACCCACACCGGCCCUUUGCCAUCGACAUGGCUGGGUUUGCAGUGAACCUGCGCCUCGUUCUGUCUAAACCUCAGGCUUAUUUCAAGUUACGUGGGGUGAAGGGAGGUUACCAGGAGAGCAGUUUAUUAAAGGAGCUGGUCACUCUCAGCGAUUUGGAGCCUAAAGCUGCUAACUGCACUAAGGUUUUAGUAUGGCACACACGGACAGAGAAGCCUGUGCUGGUAAAUGAGGGCAAGAAAGGAUUUACAGACUCUAAUGUAGAGAUAUGACAUACUUCAUCUGACACAGGGGAGGCAUUUAUCCAUGGGAUUCUACCAGGAUUCAAACCAACCUCAGAGCUCCUUAAAGCAUUAGCCAGGGUCAACAAAAUGAUCACAGCACAGUAGCUGUAAUUCACCACAGCUUAGUAAUGGAGGCGCACCUGUCCAUGCCAGGAGACAGCACUAGCCGUGUGCGUGAACUGACCACAGAAUAUCAAAGCACAACUGCACAAAAACAAGCCGGCCUGCUCUGCUCGGAGCAUUGGCUGAUGCGAGACACUGGUAGGAGUUGCCAAAAGAAGCUUGCUUGCUGAGGUCUCCUCGGAGAGCUGAGACAAAGGAUGUUAUGCGAUUUGAACCGCAGGAAGAGAUGGCACUGCAAGCAAUAAAGAGCCCUCUGAGCCUAGACAACGCCAGCCAACCAUCCAAUCAGCAUUAAAUAGGGCCCUUUUGUUCUGAGGCGAGCUGGCUGUCGGGCACAGGGCUGCACAGAGGAAUAAAAGGGGUCCUUGUCUUAAGUGAGUCAGCACUGACUGACAGACUGCACUGAGGGGAGCUGAGCCCCCCUCCACCCAUGUACUGUACAACACUGAACUGUUUAGAUAACAUCCUGAACCUAGCACUAAUUAGGAGUCAUGUUACUCCUUAACACACAUGCUCAGCCAUCACGCUGCACAUGAUGAGCACACAUACACACGUGCACUCAAAAAAACAUGGAGCAAUGAUUUAUUACAGUGUAACAGUGAAGUCCUCUCUUACAGUCAUUUACUGUAUUUAUUCCUGCUGUAACACUAUUGAGGUCUACUCAUAUUUAAGAGAAGUAUUCCUAAGGGCCUGUCCACUUCUCAGGCUUCUUCAUAAGCUAAUUAUGAUCCAACUGAGUGAACUGAAGGUUUCUCAGCAGAAUUAUUUAUUGUUUCAGAGUCACUGGUACUAUUCACUUGUAAGUUGUGAGCUAUGCUCAUGUGAGUCAAUGGGACAUGAAGCCAUUACUCUAAAAAUCGGAUGCGCAUCCUUUCAAAUAGCUGUAUUACACAAUCUUAAUUAUUCCCACCAUGGAUGGCUGGCAUGCAAGUGAUGAUUUCAUACCCCAUUGACUUGCAGUGGCACUGCUAAUGUUCUCUGACUCUGGUCAUUUAUUGAUGUGACAAUACAUCAAUAAACAACCCUUAACUUAAGGAUUGUUGCACACAAUGCUGCUUGUGUUUCAUGUGAAGGUUUUUCACAUCACUCUUGCUUCAGUUCAGAUUGUCCCAUGGCCUUUUGUUUUAUAGGCAAAAAUGUGUCCAUUUCAAUAACUGCUACCCGACACGUUCUGCGGAACAUUCACACAAGCAAUACAAAUCUAUCAACAAUAUCAAAUACAGCUGCCAUCCCCAAACAGCAAUCAUUACUCUUUAACUGGAAAUCCAUGAACAAGAGGAUAUACCUGGUAAUUCUGCUUUAUGUGUAAAGAGUCACUGUAACUAAAGGUACUGAAUGUACAUAGGUAUAAAAUGCUGCCAUACAAACAAGCCUCUCUCUGUUUUUAAGAUAUUAUAUUCGAGAAUGACCAUAUUAACAACAUUAAUAUCCCUGAAUUUGAAGGUUCAACCUAAUUUUUGUAAAUAUUUAAGACACAAGAUACACAAAAAAUGCCCAUACAGGCAGUGAUGACAGUCACUGGAUGUCUGCUGCCAUGCCAAGAUCAGGCGUCUCCUCAAAGAGGACCUUGUAGUCACCCUCCUGCUCCUCAAACACAAUUACCUUUUUAGAGUUAAACAGAAAAAGUGAGAGAGAAAGAAUAGAGAGUUAGAGCUUUGAGACUUGACUUUGCUGUGUUUUCACACUUUGAAAAUGUAAAAUUAAUCAUUUAAGUCCAUUACAAUGCCUGGGAUUUUGUUUCUUCUGUAAAUAGAAUAGUAUGGUGAAAAUUGCUAUUUGUUUUCUUGCCAAGAGUGAGUUGAGUAGAUCAAUACCACUCUCAUGUCUGUACACUAAAAAUGAAGAUAUAGCCAGCAACCGGGUAUCUUAGCUUAGCACAAUGACUGGGAAAAGGGGGUAACGGCUAGCCUGGCUCUGUCUAAAGAUUAAAAAUAAUAUGCCUGCCAGCUCUUCUAAAGCUCAAUAUUUCACAAUGUGCUAUGUACAAGGUAGGUUGUACAACCGGUUGUAAAGUGAAAUUAAGUUUGUAACUCCCUUCUGCUACGUAGCAGACAAUAUACAGUAAUACAAAAACAAUCAUAAAAAUGGUAGACAGAAAUAAACUAUACUCAUUGGAGCAGUGUAAAAGCCGCUCUGCAGUCUGGUGGUGCAGCAGAAGAAACUUCUGUCUCUGCCAGAAGGCAGCAGGGUGAACAGGCUGUGGCUGGCUGGAUACUGUCCUUUAAUAUCCUUUGGGCUCUGCAUAUGUCUUGUGUGUCUAGUGGAAUCAAUCUUUUCAUAUAACUCUCGGAAAGAAAACAACUAAGCGUAUUUCCUAUAAUAUCAAACCAUUUCUCUAACGAAUGCUGGUAUCAUACACAGCUGUACCUGGUUGACUCCGCUGUUGAGGAAGGGACCAGGGAGGUAGAGAGUCUGCUGGGGGCCAAUUGACCAGUAGCGGCCCAGAUUCAGCCCGUUAAUAAAAACAACACCUUUCUCCCAGCCCUGUGGACCCACAGAAAAUUGCAGGGCUUCACAAUGUAUACAGAAAAGAUUUCUCAUACAAACACACAUGCACAAAAAAUGUACAUAACAUAAAAACAAUACGUUUCAUGUCACUUACUGGCAACUUCACAAAUGUGUCACUUGGAUACCCGAAUGCAAACAGCCUCCCCAUGAAAAAUCCAGGGAAGCUGGGAGUUUCAGGGAGAGUUUUCCAGGGUGCCUGAUAAAGACUGAAAUGAGGGAUCCACUUCAAAUACACUAUUACAUCAGAAUGAAAGUGAUAUGCAGCGCUUUAAAUUCAAUAACGCGUACAAACCUAUCAAUAAAGCUGGGUUUCAUAUCAAGGCUGUAUAUUGUAAAAUCCCGCAAGGGGAUAUUGUUUAAUAAAACGUCUCCCACAAGGCCUGCAAGAACACAAAUCAAAAUUGGCUUGUAUACUACACACUGACUCCUUGAGUGAUUUAAUAGCACGCAUAGCAAUGAACAUACUGUCUGUCGAUCACCUUUGUGUUGUUUGUCAAGGUCCUUUCCCUGAUGAACUCGUCCACAGUUUUCCACCAAUAAACUCAAGGUACGCUGUCCCUGUAGGGAUUGAUUGCUUUUAUGUCUUUUGCAAGUUUUAACAGUCAACACUUCAGCAUCCAUCACAUCAGAUAACUGAGAAUGACGUUUAUUGGACAUUUGCCUUCGUUGUCCAACUUGAUGCCAUACCUUACCAUCAGGAACCGCCAGCUCCCGGCUUUGGCGCUUGAAAAGGCCAAUGUAGCUUCUGUCUACAAACACCUUGGAGGAAAAAUAUUGCUGUCAAAUAAGUUACGUUAUAGUACACAACACAUAAACUCUGCUUCACUGAAAGAUCUGUCAUCACCUCUACACAACAUACAUAUGCUGUAUCUCCUGAUACUGGGAAAUACACUUAUUCGCUUUCUUGCUGAGAGUUAGAUGAGUAGAGUGAUACUACUCUCACACCUGUCCUUUAAAUAUCAAGCUCCAGCAGACAGGUAGCUUAGCAUAAAGACUGGAAACAGGGGGCAACAGCUAGCCUGACACUAUAUAUCAAAUCUUAUAUCUGAUGUCUCACACUGACAAGAAGUUUCCAGGAAGUCAGUGUGCCUGGCCGAGAAAUUCUCCCUCGUAAAACCACAACUUGUCAGUCCAUGUUUUUGUGUGGAAUAAACAAAUAAGAUAUAUUAUAACAUCAUUGGUGAGCUUACGAGAUUGCUGGUAGGCAAAUUGUUUACCUUUGGACAGACCCAAACUAGCUGUUUUCCUCUUCCUCUUCCAUUCUUAGCAAAGCUAAACAGCUGCUGGCUCUAGCGUUAUAUUUUGCACACAGAUUUGAGAUUUGUAUAUAUUUUCCCGUUUAACUCGCAGCAAGAUAGCAUAUUUGCCAAAAUGUGAGACUUUUCCUUCAAAUUUAAUUUCAAUCAGUGAUCAUGAUGGCAACCUAUCCAUACCGCAUAAGGUCAGAUCAUUUAAGACCAUGCCAUCAUGGACAACAAGAACUCACUAGGGCACGGUCUCGGACAUUGUCUCCAGACUUCAAUAAUCCUCCUCUGGUGAUGGUAGUCUCAUAGAGCGUGUAUCCAUAGGACUGGCCAUUCCUGUUGUUCACAGGUAGAUUCUCCAUGUUUACUGGCUUGAGUGACUUAAAUGG